AACUUUCUCUUUCGUGAGGAGAGUUGUCUCAAGUAAAUCUAGCGCUGUUCAACCAAACGAAACCAUCGAUUCAUGGAGGAUUGCUGGUGCCGCUUUUCUGUUUUCGGACUCAUCAACUGGGAUAUGUACGCCACCUUUGACAUUUUGCGAGGUUUGAUAAAAGUAUGAGCAAUAUAGUCCUACAUUACAUGGUUGUCCUCCUAAUCUGGGCCCUCAAACCCAUGGCGGCAGCUCCGUCUGGCCUUAAAUUGACACGGACAGGAGGCAGCGUCAGAAACUUGACACAGCGGGACAUCUCAUGCCGGGAAAACCUGGAGUACCCACAUGACAACAUCUGCUGUUUAAACUGCCUAGCUGGUACAUAUGUCAAAGCGUACUGCACGCGUUCCUUUGAGCGCGGAACCUGUGAGACCUGUGAGUUUGACACAUACACUGAACAUGGCAACGGACUACGACAGUGCUUGAAGUGCACCACGUGUCACUCAGAUCAGGUGACUACAAAGGCAUGCACCAUCACUCAGGACAGAGAGUGCCGGUGUAAACCUGGGUUAUUCUGUGCCCCUGACCAAGCCUGUGAGGUGUGCAAAAAGUGCUUAAGAUGUAAAGAGAAUGAGGUGAGGCUGAAGAACUGCACCGCUACGUCCAACACGGUCUGUGAGACCAGACUGCCCACAUCCAGCACCAUCUCAGCAGGUGUUGUUGUGAUUGUGGUGGCAGUACUGGGUAUCACUGCUGCAAUUGCCGCUGUCUCUUGGAAGAGGCGAAAUUGCUGUAAAAGGAGAGACUCCCAGAAUAAUCCCAGUGAGACGCUGAAGAUUGAGGUGGAUGAUCAAAACAACAGGUCAAUUGAGGAGAGGCAGAACAACCGGAGUGCUGUGCAGGAUGACACACGGCUCCAUCCUUUGCUGGAGCUGACCCAGGUGGUGGGCGCCAACGCCUCCUCGGCCGAUGAGGACAAUGGACUGGGCGACAGCCUCCACAACACCACCAACUCCUCCCGGUCCAGUUUGUCUGCACUACCCUCAUCCUCCCCGCUUUCCAGCCCUUCGGCCAAGAGGCAGCCUGGCGCUGGGACUACGGAAGAUGUCCUUCUCAGAAAACUUGCUCCUUUGAAUGGUGACGAGUCCUUGAAGAAAAGUUUUGAACUUUUUGAAGAGCUGGACGUUUACUACCAUAACAGAUUCUUCAGGAACAUCGGACUCAGUGACAACGCUAUAAAUAGCACUGCACACCUUCAUCCUGAAGACCGAGUCUAUGAACUGUUAAAAGUAUGGUUGGAAAUGGUGGGCAUGCAAGCCGACAUAAAUGACUUAAUCAGAGCCUUACUUUAUUUGGACCAAAAGUUAUCAGCAGAAAAUAUUAUUUCUAAAGCCAUUGCAAAUGGAUAUUAUGAAUAUGCAGUAAAUUAAUAUGCAGAAAAUAAAAUUGCAUUAGGAAAGUAUAAAGACCCCUUCCCUUUUUCCACAUUUUGUUACGUUACAGCAUUAUUGUAAAAUAGAUUAAAUAAAAAUCUUCAUCAGUUAACACACAAGCCCAUAAUGACAAAGCGAAAACAGGUUUUUAGACAUUUUUGCAGAUGACUUAUUUGCAUAAGUAUUCAGGCCCUUUGCGAUGUGACUUGCAAUUGAGCUCAGAUGCAUUCUGUUUCCAUUGAUCAAUCAAUCAAGUUUAUUUUAUAUAGCCCUUCGUACAUCAGCUAAUAUCUCGAAGUGCUGUACAGAAACCCAGCCUAAAACCCCAAACGGUAAGCAAUGCAGGUGUAGAAGCACGGUGGCUAGGAAAAACUCCCUAGAAAGGCCAAAACCUAGGAAGAAACCUAGAGAGGAACCAGGCUAUGAGGGGUGGCCAGUCCUCUUCUGGCUGUGCCGGGUGGAGAUUAUAACAGAACAUGGCCAAGAUGUACAAAAUGUUCAUAAAUGACAAGCAUGGUCAAAUAAUAAUCAGGAAUAAAUGUCAGUUGGCUUUUCAUAGCCGAUAAUUAAGAGUUGAAAACAGUAGGUCUGGGACAGGUAGGGAUUCCAUAACCGCAGGCAGAACAGUUUAAACUGGGACAGCAGCAAGGCCAGGUGGACUGGGGACAGCAAGGAGUCAUCAUGCCCGGUAGUCCAGACGUAUGGUCCUAGGGCUCAGUUCCUCCGAGAGAGAGAAAGAAGGAGAGAAUUAGAAAGAGCAUACUUAAAUUCACACAGGACACUGGAUAAGACAGGAGAAGUACUGCAGAUAUAACCAACUGGCCCUAGCCCCCCGACACAAACUACUGCAGCAUAAAUACUGGAGGCUGAGACAGGAGGGGUCAGGAGACACUGUGGCCCCAUCCGAUGAUACCCCCGGACAAGGCCAAACAGGAAGGAUAUAACCCCACCCACUUUGCCAAAGCACAGCCCCCGCACCACUAGAGGGAUAUCUUCAGCCACCAACUUACAAUCCUGAGACAAGGCCGAGUAUAGCCCACAAAGAUCUCCACCACAGCACAAACCAAGGGGGGACGCCAACCCAGACAGGAAGAUCACGUCAGUAACUCAACCCACUCAAGUGACGCACCCCUCCUAGGGACGUCAUGAAAGAGCACCAGUAAGCCAGUGACUCAGCCCCUGUAAUAGGAUUAGAGGUAGAGAAUCCCAGUGGAGGGGUACCGGCCAGGCAGAGACAGCAAGGGCGGUUCGUUGCUCCAGAGCCUUUCCGUUCACCUUCACACUCCUGGGCCAGACUACACUCAAUCAUAUGACUUACUGAAGAGAUAAGUCUUCAGUAAAGACUUAAAGGUUGAGACUGAGUCUGCGUCUCUCACAUGGGUAGGCAGACCAUUCCAUAAAAAUGGAGAUCUAUAGGAGAAAGCCCUUUCUCCAGCUGUUUGCUUAGAAAUUCUAGGGACAAUUAGGAGGUCUGCGUCUUGUGACCGUAGCGUACGUGUAGGUAUGUACGGCAGGACCAACUCGGAAAGAUAGGUAGGAGCAAGCCCAUGUAAUGCUGAAUAGGUUAACAGUAAAACCUUGAAAUCAGCCCUUGCCUUAACAGGAAGCCAGUGUAGGGAAACUAGCACUGGAGUAAUAUGAUCAAAUUUCUUGGUUCUAGUCAGGAUUCUAGCAGCCAUAUUUAGCACUCACUGAAGUUUAUUUAGUGCUUUAUCCGGGUAGCCGGAAAGUAGAGCAUUGCAGUAGUCUAGCCUAGAAGUAACAAAUGCAUGGAUUUAUUUUUCUGCAUCAUUUUUGGACAGAAAAUUUCUGAUUUUUGCAAUGUUACGUAGAUGGAAAAAAGCUGUCCUUGAAACAGUCUUGAUAUGUUCGUCAAAAGAGAGAUCAGGGUCAAGAGUAACGCCGAGGUCCUUCACAGUUUUAUUUGAGACGACUUUACAACCAUCAAGAUUAAUUGUCAGAUUUAACAGAAGAUCUCUUUGUUUCUUGGGACCUAGAACAAGCAUCUCUGUUUUGUCCGAGUUUAAAAGUAGAAAGUUUUCAGCCAUCCACUUCCUUAUGUCUGAAACACAGGCUUCUAGCGAGGGCAAUUUUGGGGCUUCACCAUGUUUCAUUGAAAUGUACAGCACCUCAGCCACGCUCAAGGUCAUAAA